AGUUGACAAUUAUUUUUUUGCGGACUGAAUGAUUAUUUUUUGUCUGUUUUUUUUUUCAUUAUGUUCGAACAAGAAAAAGUGUACAGAUGCUCAGAACAUAAGGAAUCGAUAUGUAGGCGAAAAACAAGUGAAGAGAGUGGUUUUGAUCCGAGAAGUUUUUGUCACAAUAUUUGCGCCAAACCGAAGCACGUUUGUGGCAAGACAACCUGUGAAAAAUUCAUUUCCAAAGAAAAAGAGGGAAACAAAGUUGUGUGUAUGCCAAAACCGGCAUGCCAUCUCAUAAGACAUUUUGGUCCUCCAGAGGAAAAUCCAGCAAAAGCCAAAUAUGAAAGACAAGUGAAAGAAAAGGAGAGAAAUGAUAAGGACAACGUGAUAAAGAAAGAUAAAGAUGUAAAAUAUGGCGAAGAAAGCAUUGCAAAGCAUGAUGAUUUCGAGAAAGGACAUUCAAAAGAGGAUGGCGGUGGUGGCUAUGGGCAUGAAAGUGAUGCAAUUUGUCCAGCAGAGGGAGAAGAAAGUGCACAACAUGACGUCAAGAAUCUCUUGGAAAAUUUGUCAAAAACCAUCGAUUCCGAGGGAAUGGCAGCAAUAUAUGCUCUUGCUGGCAGUGAAAUCUGUCCUUGCUGCGAAUGCAAGAUAUGCGAGUGCAAGCUGCGAAACGUAAAUUCUAAAACUCUACUUGAUGGAAAAAAACGAGCUCUCAUUAAACAGAAAUUGAUAAAACGUGGAAAUAAAAAAGAUUUAGGGGAUCUAGAAGAUUUAGUAGAUAUGGAUGAUUCGGAUGAUCAGGAAAACUCAGGAGAUUUGGAAGACGUAGGAGAUUUGGAAGACGUAGGAGAUUUGGAAGACUCAGGAGAUUUAGGUGACCUGAGCGAUACCGAGAGAUUGAAAAAAUUGGAAGAUAUGAAAAAUAUGGGAGAUAUAAAAAAUGAAGGAGAUCUGAAAAAUAAAAAAAGAGAUCUGAAAAAUAAAGGAGAUCUGAAAAAUAAAGGGGAAUCGAAAAAUUUGGGAGAUCUGGAAAAAUCGGGAGACCUGCAAAAUAAAGGAGAGGUGAAAAAUUUGGAAGAUCUAAAAAAUUUGGGAGAUCCGGAAAAUUUCGAGGAGUUGCUGAAGAAUUUAGAAAAUAUGGAUAAUGAGGAGGACUUGAUGAAGAAUUUUGGUGAUUUGGAAAAUUUGGGAGACUUAGGGAACUUGAAAGAAGAUCAAAAACGAAAAAUUCACGAAUUGAAGAAGAAAAAGGCUGAACAGUUUGGGUAUUCUUUCGAUUACUUUUAUCAGCCAGAUUUGGAAGCCUUCGAAGCUGAAAGACGUAGCAAGCAAGAGAAAGAGAGGCAGGAGGAAAUAGAGCGAGAAAGAUUGGCGGAACAACAAGCGGAAGAGGAAAAACAAAGAAAAGAAGCAGUAGCAAAAGCAGAAGCAGAAGCUCUGAAGCAAGCUUCGACCAAGGAAGAAGGAGUUCAAGCAGAGCCCGAUACACAGGAACGGACAAGCCAAUUUUAUGGAAAAGAGCAGAUGCAAGACCUGAUUGAUAAACAUGAUGAGAUUCCAAACAUAAAAGAUAAAAUUGACGAAUGGGAAGAAAAAUCAGACCGGGUUCCUUCGUGGACGGAAUAUAAGGCAGCAGAAUGGGCUGGUGAGAGGAAUCAAGAUUUACCAACGGUUAUCGAAAUACAAACUGCGGAGGCUAUGGAAAAGGCGUCUAUUCCGUUACAAAUGGCGCGACGUGCUUCCGAGAGCAGUAGAAUUUCGUCGCGUCCUCAUACGCCACGCAUUUCAUCACAAAAGACUCCUUUACCUCAGAUAGAUCUUCAGUUGCACGCUUUCGAUAAGUCUUGGCUGGAGGAUCCCGAGAAGCUUUCUCUAGUCCCAACAUCUCUAAUGAAAAAACAAUCAGCAGAAGAACCUCCAGUUCAAGUUCCAGUCAAGAAAAUGGAGAAACCCAUCGAAGCUUACUCCACCGGGCCGGUUUUGAGAGUUCAGGCGGCUGACAUCAAACCCGAAAUGAUUCCCCUCAUGAAUUUACAAUCGAGGAAACCACCAACUGCAGCUGAAACCAUGGAGGCUAUGGGAUCUAUGCUAUCUGAGGGAGAAACAGAAUCCGUCGCCUCGCCGAUGGAGAGUGAAGAAGGUAGUUUUACCUCGAGUGAGGAAGAGCAAGAUAGAAAACCCGUCAAAAAAAGGAUAUUUUUAACCGAUGUUUGCCGUUGUCUGCCGGGAUAUUGUACAUGCGGAAAUAAACACUAUACAUUCCGAAAGGAUAUAGAGACUGAAGAUAUCGGUGUAGGUUUCAAAACGCUCCAGGUGGAUAAAAUGAUUCCAUCAACGAAAGAGGAGAGGGAAAGGAUCAGAGAAUUGUUGGGUGAGAAGACGAGUGAUAUUUCAGGCAAAUCUUCAUGCUCCUGCCUCCAUUCCGAAGGAGAACCUAUAAUUACGCCUGUAGUGAGCAAACUUGAAGUUGUUGCUGCACCUCCAACUUCGAUAUCUGAACAGAGAAUGGAAAAAGUGAGAGGCUUCAUGAAAUGCACCCUACCUAAAUAUCAGAAGACAUUGGUCAUCGUGAAACCAGAGGCUGUACGAUUCAAAGAUGUGAUAAUGAGAGCUAUCCAACGGGAAGGACUGGACGUUUUGGAUGAAAGACUAGUUCAACUUACGCCAGAACAAGUGGCCGAGAUCUACACGGAAAACUUCGGAAGUGCCUAUUUUCCAAUGUUCGUGCAACAAUUGAGCUCCUCGCCGAUUUUGGUUAUUGCUAUCGCAGGUACUGAUGCCAUUCAACGGUGGAAUAGAGUUGUUGGGCCCGAGAAGAAGAUUCCCGUCUCGUGGUUUUAUCCAGCCAGCAUGAGGAAAAGAUUCAGUGUUCACGAAGACAUAUUUGAUGUUAUGAAGUUAUCCGAUGAUUUCCACAGAGCUAAAUUCGAAAUUAGAUAUUUCUUUCCGUUACAUAUAAUCGAUCCCAUCAUCAUCAGUUCCACUAUGGUUCAAGAUUAUUGUGAUGAGUUCAUACAUCCAACACUGUUGAAAGGUCUCCUUAAGCUAGUAAAACAAAAACCUUCAGAUCCAAUAGGCUUCCUUGCUGAAUGGUUGUUGGUGAACAAUCCUUUUCAACCAUUCUAUAAGCAAAUACAUGUAUCGCUUGCACCUCAAUAAAAAAACUAAAA